AUGUACAACAACGCUGGAAUCGGGGGCAACCUCGACACCACCAUCUUGAACUCCGACAACGCCGACUUCAAAAAGGUGCUCGAAAUCAACCUGUUCGGAUCCUUCGUCGGGGCCAAGCACGCCGCCAGGGCGUCGAAGCACGCGAUGCUGGGGCUGGCGAAUAAUCUGACGGUGGAGAUGGGGAAGUAUGGGAUUCGGGUCAACACUGUCUCGCCCUACGGGGUGGCCACUCCCAUGGUGACGCGUGGCAUGCAGAUGGAUAAGGCGGCGGCCGAGGAGUUCAUGUCGGCGGCGGGGAACCUGAGAGGGGCGGUGUUGGAGCCGGAGGAUGUUGCCAGGGCGGCGCUGUAUCUGGCGAGCGACGAUGCCAAGUAUGUGAGUGGGCUCAACUUGAUUGUGGAUGGCGGCCACAAUCACAAUCAUCCUCUCUUCGGUGCUUCUGCUCAAGCAUGA